AUGACAAUGGUCGCAGAGAUCCCCGGAUUCAUUCAAGUCUUCUCCGACGGCACCGUCAAGCGCUUCAGCCCCAAGAUCUCUUCUUCCCCCACCACCAUCACCGCCGCCGCCGCCUCCUUUAAGUCCAGGGACGUCGUCAUCGGCCCGUCCAAGUCCAUCUCUGCAAGGAUCUUUGUCCCCCUCGACGACGGCAAAGAAUCCCACUCCCGACUCCCCGUGCUCGUCUACUUCCACGGGGGUGGCUUCUGUUUCGGCUCCACCACCUGGCCCGGCUACCACUCUUUCAUAGGCGGCCUCUGCGUCACGUCCCGGAGCAUUGUCCUCUCCGUGGACUACCGCCUGGCGCCGGAGAACCGGCUCCCUGCAGCCUACGAAGACUGUUACAGCUCCCUGAAGUGGCUGGCCGGCCAAGGCGCCGCCGGCGGAGAGCCCUGGCUUCAGAAUGCGGACCUCUCCAGCGUCUUCCUCUCCGGGGAGUCCGCCGGGGGCAACAUUGUCCAUAACUUGGGGAUCCGCCUUCAGCGGGAACCCGUCGGAGGUCUGCGCGUGCGGGGGUUGGUCCUCAUCCACCCGUUCUUCGGGAGCGAGGCGAGGAUGAAGGAGGAGACCGGCCACGAGUCAAUGGCCGAAUUGACUGCAACCGAUACGUUAUGGCGGCUGAGCCUGCCGGAGGGAGCCGACCGUGACCACCCAUUCUGCAACUUCGAGAGGGUGGAGCUCUCGGAGAGCGAGUGGUGGGGAUUUCCAAGGGUGGCGGUGUUCCUGGCCGGGAAGGACCUGCUCAGGAUAAGGGAGGCCGCCUACGGGGCCUUCCUGAAGUCGAAGGCGGUGGAGGAGGUGACGGUGGUGACGGCGGAGGGGGAGGUGCACGCUCACAACGUGCUCUACCCGCACUCGGAGGCGACGAAGCUGCUGCAGUCGCAGAUUGCGGAAUUCAUGAAUCGCCCACGGUAG